CGAGAGUUUGGUCGCAUCCUCUAUGGCACGCUCGUCUCCGUAAUAAUAAUAAUGUAUGACAAUAUAUUAUUAUUAUUAUUAUGUUACGUUAUUCCAUUGCCAGCGGACAGUGCACUUCUGUAAGUUGUUGUCAUACACACCACAGUCCCGUAUUGUAUCAUAGUGAUUUGUAUAGGCGUUUUGUUAUUUAAUUUGUUCUCCGUAUUCUUUCCUGCGUCCUUUUUUCGCCGUCUCACUCAAUUUUGACACCGUUCAAUAUAUUAUUAUUUUUAUAUACUGUCGAUAAUUACCUACUGCACAACGAUAUUUUUUGCUGUCUAUAUCGUACGCCGUAUUUUUCUCGUUUCAAUCGGUCACUUCAUAUUGAAAUCAUCGCCGUAAACGUCUCACUACAUCGUCGAAUAUAUUAAUAAUAUAAUUACAUCGAUCUACCAUACCGUUGUGUUGUCCUGCAGAUACCUAUAGCAUCAAUAUGACACCUAUCAUUAAAUUGAAAAAUAAAUUUAAUUUAAAUAAAUCUCCAUUAAAUGCUAACAUUUACAACAACAAUGGACUUCACGAACAAGAGGAAAUACAAUCAACAUCUAGAAAACCUAUACAAGACUGUUUAAAUGUUGAUGAUGAAAUAUUAAUUAAUAUAAGUAACGUAUCUGCUAGUUUCAAUGUGAAAUCACAUUUAAAUCUCAGAUAUUUAGCACUGCAUGGGCAUAAUGUGGAGUAUAAACGUGAAAAAGCGAAACUCGUCAUGAAGUUACGUAAACCAAGUGCUACAGCAAUUAUAUGGUCAAGUGGUAAAAUAGUUUGUAUAGGUUCAGCAUCUGAAUAUGAUUCAAAAAUAGCUUCAAAACGUAUUGCUAGAAUUAUUCAAAGGCUGGGAUAUAGUGAUGCAAAAUUUAGUAGUUUCAAAAUUAUUAAUGUUCUCGGCUCAUGUAGCUUACCAUUUUCCAUCAGAAUUAUACAAUUUUCCGAAAAAUAUAAACUAAAUUCUCAGUAUGAACCCGAGUUGAAUCCCGGCGUGACGUACAGAAUUAAAGAAAUCAAAGCUACAUUAAAAAUAUAUUCUACUGGUAGCAUUACUGUAAAUGCUCCGAGUGAAGCAGUAGUUCAACUUGCCAUUGAACACAUAUAUCCUCUAGUUUUACCAUUUAAGUUAACCAACUUAUUUGACGAUAAAUGUCUUGUUAGAGUGAUUGGAGGAACAAAAUCCCAGGAACAAAAUGCCGGAAUAUUGGAAUCUACUAGUCAUUUUCCCAUAAAUCGUCCCGUCGGAGAACUAGUGAUUAAACGUUGGCAGUUAAACGCUUUGGCACCUAUAUUAGACAAAAAAGGAUACAAAUGAUACUACGUAAACAAUUUUUUUUCUGCGGUCAUAAUGUAUGUUAAAUUUUGACCAUAGGUUUUGUUUCUCAAUUGAUUUAUAAUUUAAAAAUUAUAAAUAAUUAAAAUCCAAUUUUAAAUAUAUAAACAAAUGUUAUUUUUAUUCUUUGAAAAAAUAUUCCGCUAUAUAGCCAUAGAAUUUAGAAUUUAAAUUGUAUGAUUAAAUUUAUAUAUUUUUAUGAGCUAUAUAUAUAAUAUAACUUACUAAUAUUAUUAAAUUGAUAAAAAAAGUUUUUAAGUCAAACGAUUAUUUCUCUAUAAAAAUAAUACAUUUGUUUAUAACUUCGUCUUUCAGAAUUUAUUGUUUAUAGAAUUUAAUAACAUGGUUUUGAUAUAAUUAGUACGUCAUUGAUGGCGUUAAAUUCAUAUAUUAUAACUAAAUAAUUUAUAGUAAAAUAAUGAGUAGAAAAUCAAUGCUUAUCUCAAUUGAAUUUUGUAAUAAGCUUUUGAGAAUAUGUCGAGCCCAUUAUUUUCAUAAUCUUGAAAAGCUUGAACAUUGUUUGCCUUUUUUCAAAAAAAGGUAAAAAAUAUCCAUCUGACAGAUUUUAGGAUGCUCUCUUCCAAAAACGACAGCGACCUCACGUGUAAUUGAUAUAGACUUGUCCUAUCCAUUAUAUUAUUAUCGAUAAUAAUAUAUGCUUAAAAUAGUAUUAAAUCCACGGAUUCUUGUAUUUAUAGUAUGUACCUAUAGGCUAUAAUAGUGAAUAAAUUAACUCAUACUAUUAGUUACAAAGCGAGAAUCCGUAGUUUCUAUUUUCUUACCGUUUUAACGUAUCACAUGUAGUAAGUCAUUUAGUAAGGCUCGUCCAAUUCAAUAAUUAAUAUUGUUGUGUACUUUUUUAUUGUAUUUUUAUGCUCCUAGUUUAUGUUUAUGUUUAAUUCAAUUUUAUUUUUAAUUUAAGAAAAAAUAAUCAUACUUAAUAAGAAAAAAAUUACAUACAAGUGUAUGAUACAACUUUAAUAUAGGUAAUAUAUUAAAGUCUAAGUAAAAUGUCACCUGUGUAAAUUUGAGCUCCAAAAUUGUGCACCAUAGGUUGUUAUUUUUUAACAGAUACUUGAUUUAUUAAUCGUUUUAGUUUGACAACUUAUUAACUGUCAAUCAAAUUAAAAUAUUAAUACUAAAGUUUUAUUUAAUUUUUUUUUAUAAAAUUAAUUUUAAAUUAUUUAUAUAUAUUAAAGAUGAUGAGCCUUUUAGUGUUUGUCUUUUGUGUAAUACUUUUUUUAUUUUAGUUUAUUACCUUUAUUCUUAAAGCUUUAUGUUGUGAAAUUAUUUUAUAAUAUAAUAUUGUAUAUAAUACGUUGUAUCUACACAAUGUUAUAUGAUAUCAAUUACCAUACCUAUCACAUCAUUAUUGUUUUUAUUUUUGCCCAAUCAUUUUUAUAAUGUUUUACUAUGUUAAUUGUUUGUGGCAUAAAUAAUAAAUCUUAAUAUCAAUGUUUAUAUUUUAGAUUCUAAGUGAAAUGAUUAAUUUAUUAGUUUUACAAUAAUAUGUGUGUUUCUUUUUUUUGUAUAUCAUCACCUUUUUGAGCAGUAAAAAUGUUUAAACCGUCAACUUUGAAAGUACCUUAUAGUAGAAAAUUGGAUUUUAUUGGUACUAUGAGGGUCAAAAGUAAAAGAAAAUCGGGAAAAAAUAUAUUUGAGAAAAACCGGAAUGUUUUCGUAAACCAGUUUUUAACUAAAUUGAUUUUGUUAUUUGUUGUAGUUAUUCAAUAGGUAACUAAUUACCGUAGAUACUUGAAAUGUUCGCACCAAAUAUUUAUAUUAGUCUAUUCUAGAAUCUUGACUUAAAAUGUAUACCAAUUUAAUUAACCAAUUUACCUACUUACCUGAAAAUUUUUUGUAUAAUUGAUUCAAGUUUAAAUUUUAAGGUAACCAAAAGUAGGUCCUUACCUAUAUAAUUUAUUAUUUAACAAUUCAUCCUUAUUCAAGAUAAAAAUUUCACUUUUACCUCAAACUAUAAUUUUCUAUACUUACACGAAAUGUAAACUAAUUUGAUGAUAUUUAUAUAUAUAUUAUAUGUAUUUUAAACUUUCGAUUUCUAAAAUUUUUUUUUUCAUAAACGUUGAUAAAAAUGCAUUCACAAUUGUACUCUUAGCAUUUUAAAAAUAUCGAUAAAUAUUCGGUUAUUCCUAAUACAAAUAUGAGCAUUAACUUAUGCGGUUCCAAUAUAAGUAUUAAAUAGCUAAGUCCAAUAGUUUAAUACAGGCAUUUUAAAACUUAAAACCAAAUUCUGUGGCUCAAACUUAAAUGUAUGAAAAUAUUCAACUAGUGCUGAAUAAUUAGGCAUACAGUUAUACAGAUGAUUUAUUUUUCAAUCCUUGGAUUUGUUUUUACAUUGAAAAAAUAAUUAUACUAAUGAAUUUUACAUUUUAAUACAUUUUAAAUUGUAUAAAAAAUUAAAAUUAUAUUUUAUUCUUUACAUUACUAUACACAUAAAUAAUAAAUAUAUAUUAUAUUUUUAAAUUUUCCAAUAAA